UUUGAAAUUGUAUAAUAUUGUCGACUGCAAUAUAAUAUAUACUUGUAUAACAAUUCAGGACCUAGCAGAUAAGCAGAUCUCUCAUCUCGGAAAUAUUUAUCUCGGUUGCCGUUAUCUCUCGGCAUUUCCAUACUUAAUUUCCUGUUGCAUUGCAGUCAUUAAGAUCCUAAUAAAAUAAAUAAUGAUGGAAUACUAGGUAAAACUGAGAAUUAUUUUAGUUUGGUCUGUUUUUUAUGAGCUUCGAUUUGUUUUCAAAGUUUGGAACCACUCCUCAAAAUAAUUCAUUCUCAGUCUAUUGGAUUGACAUAGUAGUACAAGAACCUAAGAAGAGCACCAUCCUCCAGAACCCAGAUUGUCAUGGUCCAGACUCCAGAUCAUACAUACAGUGCCACUGCCAGCUGCCAGAUUUCAAGAGACGUCUGAGCUGCUAAUGUAAGCUUGGGCCCCAGCAAAAACAAGGCAUUCAACCAUGUGUGUGGACAGGGAUAUGAACUUCAGUGGUCAUCACUCCUCUUAGCAAUGGAGAUCAUUCAACAACUUACGCAGGUUGUAAGCUGAAAGGUUAAUUUGAUCAUGCUGUCUAAUUGGCUAUUUUAAUGAAAAAUUUUCACAAUCACAUACUCAGGUUGCAAGCUGAAAAUGUAUGUUGCUAAUGCCAUCUAAAUAAAAAAGGAAUUAAAAUUUCUAGGUAUCAAAUGAGCCUAACAAUUCUGGCUGUAAAAUUGAAUUGUUUAUGAGAUUACCAUCUUAUAUCCUGACUGUUUCAGAUUAUUCCCUUAGAAAAUAAAAACUUGGGUAAACAGAUUACUUUUCUAUAAAUUUUCAAUUUCAGAAGAUAGAAUAAUAUUGUUGAUUUUCAAAAGAUAAAACAAUGCUCAAUUAGUGUGAUAUCAAUUAAACAUGCCAAAAUGGUAUAUUGCCUUAACAUUUCAGUAUUAUAAUAUUUUUACGUAUUGUCAUGCCUAAUAUUUCAUUUUUGUCACCCAAAUGAAAAUGUUAUUCAUUUUAAUGAUAGCUUAGAAUUUGCAUUGUUAUUCCUUUCACUAGUUUAACUUCCCAAGUUACUUGGUUUAUUUUCCAUCUGAAAACCUGUUUAAGAUUAGAAAAUCAUUCAUGAAUUGAUGAAACUUCAUUUAUGCCAUUGCUCACUCUAUGUACCUGAUAAAGUAGCUUGAUAGACAUAAGUUUUUUUUAUAUAUUAUUCUGCUAUUACAUUAUCUGAUGACAAGCUUACAUGAUGUUAUGUACAUCAAUAUCCAUUGAUAUGGUACAUGAUUGUUACAGUAUUUAUUGGUUGUCAACAUUUAAUUUGAAUCUCGUUGAAUAGCAUUCGCAAAAUUAAUUUUUCAGUGCAUCUCCAAAUCAUUCACUUUCCCAAAUAAUUAGUAGGUACCUUUCAUUUCAGUGCGUAGAUCUGGUGAUUGUAGAAUUAAAGCCAUAAGUUUCAAAAAGGUCAGCCAUAUUGUCAAGGAUAGGUGCACUAUUGUGUGAUGUACGGUUUCUGGUUUUUGUAUGACAACGUGAGAAAAUGUAGACUCUCACAUACCUAGGUCUCUUAAUUCAAUGCUCUAGAUUUUUGUACGAGAAAUAGGAUUUAUGAUCAUUAUUUAUACGGUUAGUUGUACUCAAGGGUUAAUGAAGCACAUGACGGUACUUUUGAAGUUUUUGUACAUCGAUACAUGUUGUUAGCAUCUUCUUGCAGUCAUUGAUAAGCAAUUAUUUAGUUGUUUUAUACUGUGGUUGCUCUUCCCUCUGAUGAUAAUUUUUGAGUGCUUUCUAUUUUACAAUAAUUUUGAGAAAUUCAAGCAUCUUAGGAUAUCUACUGCUGUACUCUAUCAUCUUGCAAAAUUUUAUUAGGAUAUUGGCUGCAGGCUGUGUAUUGAAUUUUAUGCGCACUAUAAGUGAAUGAUUGUAAUUUUGAUUCUGCCUUGAUUUGGUUGUCUCCUGUCACUCUCAAUAUAAUAUAAAAAAUGACAUUAGAUUGGCAGCAGUAUGAACUACUCUGUACUUUAGGUGAGGGCCGGUAUGGCAUUGUAACUAGAGCUCGUCACAAAAAGCUUGGCUCAUUCGUUGCACUCAAGACGAUCAUAGGUCUAGAAUUAUUUAAAAAUAAAGAUCUUCCGUUGGUCUCUUCAAAAGUUCAAACUGUUGACAACACAAAACAUUCCUUAGAGAAUUCAUUGCGUCAUGAGGCCAGGGUGUUGGCGGCUCUCAGUCAUCCUUGUGUCGUGUCUCUCGUUGAGGUUUGCAUUGGUCAAGAUGGCAGGCUGGCUUUGGCUCUUGAAGAUCUGGGAGGAACAUCGCUCUCCAGUUUGGUACAAUCGCGUUCGGGAGUUGGGUUAUGUGAGUGUUUGGUAGGUUGCGUUGCACUGCAUAUGACCAGAGCUUUGGAGUAUCUUCAUUCUCGAAAGUUUCUUCAUAGGGACGUGAAGCCUGAGAAUAUUAUGGUGGAGAAAACGAAUCACUGCUUUCCACACGCGAAACUAAUUGAUCUUGGGCUUUCAAUAAAGUACGAAGCCGAUAAUCCACCUAAUUCUUCUGUAACUCGCGCUGGUACGGUAGCAUUUAUGGCACCAGAGCUCAUGAGCCCCAAUGUAUUUUACGGACCUAAGGUCGAUGUCUUUGGGCUAGGAGCGUCUCUGUACUUCAGCCUUACGGCAGAAGAGCCUUUUGUUGCCUACGACACACCUUCUGGGUUUCGCACCAGCACCUGCGUGUUCGGACUGCAAGUUCAACAUGAUGAAAACCUGAAUAGAAUGUCGAUGGAAGUUUCUGAAGUUAUCAAAGGUGUAUUAGAGGUGCAGCCUCAUCAGCGUUGGAGUACUAAUGCGAUCAUGAAAAGUCAUUGGCUACGCCAUAUUGCAGUAAGCCGAACGUCCGCUCGCCACGUUAGUACAUGCCUAGAACCGCUCAAUGAUUGGCUUCUUCUUAACCAAUCUUUUCCUGUCGCAGCCUCGUACUGCCAGACAACGCCGUGUCGCAUCCGAAAUAUUAGCGAACAGUCGACAGCUUCAGAGGAGGAAUCUUUAUCUUCCUCUUUGUCGUCUGUCCAAUUGUCACCAAGUUCAGAAUCCGAAGAAAUUUCCCCAAAUUGUAAUUUUGUUCCGCCGGCUCCUCCGCCACAAAACGAGCUAGAUAAUAAAAAGAAUUCUAAAUUCGACGAUUUUCAAUGUUUAUCUGAUUUGUCAGACAAAUUCUUGCCUCCAUGCAAUCGCGAAGGAUAUUUGGCCGAAAGUGUGGAUUGUCUAAUGCUAAGUAGUGAACCUGAAUGUCGAAUAGUGGGACGCAAGGACGUAGUAUGUCGUUCGUUAUCGUCGUCAGAGUGUGCUUGUUUUGGUCUUGAUUUAGAUUUCGAUGAGGAAACUCUCGAAGAAUUAGCCAGGCUUCUAGGGGAUGAGUGCGUGUGUGUGAAGACCACAAUUCAGACUCGGCCGUGGGGUGAAGUCGCUGGAAUGUACAACUUGUUGAGGCUGAGAAAAAUUUCACUUUUUGGUGGACAGAAUCCAGCCAAGGCUUGUGGACCUGACAAAAGUGCUCUUAUGCGCAGAAACUCUUUGUGACAUAAUAUUAGCUUCGUUUUUGUAUUCCAAAUAAUAGAUAGUAGUUUUCACAGGCUGUUCGAUUUCAAUUCAAGUCUUCUCGCCUGAAAAUCGUGUAUAGGUUGUUCAGAAUGGUAAGGUAAAGGCUAUACAAUCACGAGUUUUUAUAAAGGCCAGAUUCUACGUGGUGCUCUCCAUUGUGUUUAAUAUUAGAUAAAUAAGUGCAUGCAGCGCUAAACAAGUUUCUGCUUGAGACGCUCAUUUUACAUCAAGACCCUCUUUGCUUGCUUCGUAUUUUAGCAAAAUAAAACUACGAGGAAAAUGUAUGUUUUGAAGAGAGCGGUAGGAUUUUUUACUCUAGUUGUCCAUUUUUGAGGUCAUACGCAUGUAUGUGUAUUUCUUGUAUUUAAAUUCGGAUCUAUAUAUAUUAAUGAUUUUAAAUUUCAUCGGUGACAUGUGAGCGAGGUUCUGAUGCUAACUCAUCCAGUGAGCUUCUCUAGAUGAUUUGAUGAGAAAAUGUUUCACAUUCAAUUUUCUUUACAAAAUGACUUUUCUUGAUGAAAUGUAAUUUUUUAGCUGUACAAUGGUGACAUUUUUUGCAUGGUUAAUAAUAUUUGUUAUAACUUUUCAUUUUUUUCACGGCACGAGCAGCACACACAAUGUUCUCUCGACGGUCGUAUGUUUAAAUAGGGUAUAGUGUCCAGCCUGGGGCCAUACUUUCACAGCCCACGGCACGCUUGUGAGUCGCCUUCAAAUCAUCCUUCAUUGUCGGGUAUUGAACCUGGGCCUCGUAUAUUAAGUUGUGUAUUUACAGUGGGGGGAAAUAAAUAUUCGU